UCUACUGGCUUUGUCUGGACGCUUUUUGGCAGGAGGUGUUGAACACAGCAACAAAUCUAAAGUACAUUCGACCCUCUUUUCGGGAAAUAACAAAAAUAUUUCUCACAGUAUUUAUGUAAAGCUGAAUAUAAAAUUAGCACUGAAUAUUUAAACAACGUUCCUGCUGCUUAAGUGACCCAACGUACUUGUUUCUCUUGACAUCAACGAUUUCAAGGAGUAUAUUCGGACAAAAUUAUGAGAAAAAGAGAAUGAUGGCGUUGCAGUAGCAGUGGUGGCCUGGUUGUGUGUGAGCCGGUGGACGGCUCUGGGUCUGGUGUAGGAGGGUUGGAGCGAGGAACAGUUUGUGGAGAUGAAGGUGGGACAGAAGAACUCCGUAUGUAUCCUGUCCGGUCGAGAGCGAGGAGCACGAGGCUUUGCCUCACACAGGAUCCUACAACAGCUUGUAGAGGAAAAGACACAGCGCAUGAAUUGGCAAAGCCAGAAAGUGGAGUUACCAGACAGCCCUCGCUCAACCUUUCUUCUGGCCUUCAGUCCAGAUAGGUCCUUAAUGGCCUCCACCCAUGUGAACCACAACAUCUACAUUACAGAGGUUAAGACAGGAAAGUGUGUUCACUCUCUAGUGGGUCACCGCCGGACACCUUGGUGCCUGACCUUUCACCCUAGCAUCCCUGGCCUUAUUGCUUCUGGCUGUCUGGAUGGAGAGGUCCGAAUUUGGGACCUGCAUGGAGGCAGUGAGAGCUGGCUCACCGAGAGCAACUCAGCAAUUGCAUCCCUUGCUUUCCAUCCGACUGCUCAGCUGCUGCUCAUUGCCACCAGUAAUGAGCUACAUCUAUGGGACUGGAGUCGGAAGGAGCCCUUUGCUGUGGUGAAGACUGCUAGUGAGACAGAGAGAGUCAGGUUGGUGAGAUUUGAUCCACUGGGUCACUAUCUUCUAACUGCCAUUGUAAACCCUUCAAACCAACAAAAUGAUGAUGAUCCUGAGAUUCCAAUGGACAGUGUGGAGAUGCCUCAUCUCCGUCAGCGCUCUUUCCUCCAGUCCCAACCUGUAAGACGCACACCCAUCUUGCACAAUUUUUUGCAUAUCCUCACUUCACGCAACUCCGUCCCUCAGGCUGGAGGCACCCUCGCUGCUUCCAGUGAUGAGGCCUCUGAUUCGUCUGGGCGGUACACUUUUCUGAGGGAUCGAUCCCGCCAGCCGUACCAUGGUUGCGUUCAGUCGCUCGGAGUAGUGUGUUUCUGCAGCCGAUGCUCAUCAACACGGGUUCCAUCUCCACCUGACGAGGACCCUUCAGACUCCGCCUCCCUGGAGGGAGAAUCACAUGCAUCCACCUUUUCUUCUGCACGCACAGAGCCACGAAUACCACGGUUUCCUGCUGAGUCUUAUUCUUCAAAUCGGUCCUCAGCAUUUAGUAUGGUGUAUGGUGGGGGGAACAAUGCAAGGAACAAUUCUUCUGGCUCUGGGAGGAGGGGAGUGCCUGGAAUGGCACCCAUCCCACCUUUCCGGCAGCAACCACCAGGGAGAGAUGAUGGAGGCCGUCUCCCUGGGCCAGAUUGGGUAGGCUGUGUGCUUAAUGGACGAGGUAGUAGUACGACUCCACCCAGAACCAGUGCUUCCUCCGUCAGCUUGCUUUCUGUUUUGCGACAGCAAGGGACUUCUAGCCAGUCACCUGUUUACACUGCAGCUAGUGAUGGAUGGGGCCUUCCUCAUAGCAGCACAUCAAGCACUAGUUCUAGCAGGCAGCGCCCACCCGAGGAAGAGGGCCACAGCAGCCCUUCUUCCAUCCGCAGUGUUCUUCAAUGUAACCUUAACCGCUAUUUCAUGGAGUAUGAUCGAAUGCAGGACCUGGUGCAGCCUCAGGAGGGUAACAGGCAGGACCAGCAGACUCAGGAAAUGCUGAAUAACAACAUGGACCCGGAGCAACCAGGUCCUUCUCAUUACCAGCCGCCUUACGGUGGCGAAAACCCUCCACGCAGUCACAUGAACCGCUGUAGAGUCUGUCACAACCUUUUCACCUACAAUCAAGGCACUAGGCGCUGGGAGAGAACAGGUCCACAGACACCUGCUGAGAGGAAUGCAGCUUGGCAACCCACAAGUCCUGCCUUCCACAGUGUAGCCCCAGUCUCUCAUUCUGAUCAUGACCUGCUUGAACACAGACCCAUGGAGCCCAGCCCAGAUGCCCCAGAGCCUCAUGUUCCCUUUUCCCGCAGUGCAGCUUCUGGUCAGCACGAGGAGCAGACUGAUGGGCUAGUCUUUAACCAGGAAACUGGACAACUGGAGCGUGUUUACAGGCAGGCCGCCACCUCUCGCUCAACAAAUGUAUCACAAGAAGCCUUAAACCAGGAAAUGCCUGAAGAUGCGCAGGAUGAUGAUUACUUACGCAGGAGGCUGCUGGAGUCGUCCAUGAUGUCUCUUUCCAGAUACAACGUCUCUGGAUCACGAGACCACCCCAUCUAUCCCGAUCCGGCCAGGUUGUCCCCUGCAGCAUAUUACGCACAGCGUAUGAUCCAGUAUCUGUCUCGGCGUGACAGCAUCCGCCAGCGCUCUCUCCGUCCCCCCAGCAGACCCCGACCCCUGUCCUCCAAUCCCAGCAGCCUCUCCCCUGGCCCUGCCCCCAACGUGGAUAGCAACGAAGUAGACUUUGAGGAGUUUGAGGACAAUGGAAGCAGACAUAGGGCUCCUCGUAAUGCACGCAUGUCUGCCCCCUCUCUAGGUCGCUUUGUGCCCAGGCGGUUCCUCCUGCCAGAGUUUUUGCCGUAUGCUGGAAUCUUCCACGAGCGAGGGCAGCCGGGCCUGGCAACACACUCAUCCGUCAAUAGGGUCCUCGCAGGUGCUGUAAUUGGGGACGGUCAAUCUGCAGUGGCCAGCAAUAUUGCUAAUACAACGUAUCGUCUGCAGUGGUGGGACUUCACCAAAUAUGACUUGCCUGAGAUCAGUAAUGCGUCCGUAAAUGUGUUGGUGCCCAACUGUAAGAUCUACAAUGACGCGAGCUGUGAUAUCUCAGCAGACGGGCAGCUGCUGGCUGUGUUCAUUCCCAGCAGUCAGAGGGGUUUUCCCGAUGAGGGCAUCUUGGCUGUGUACUCCCUGGCCUCACACAACCUGGGAGAGAUGCUCUACUCCAAGAGAUUUGGUCCAAAUGCCAUCUCUGUCAGUUUGUCUCCAAUGGGUCAUUACGUGAUGGUAGGUCUGGCAUCUCGCCGCAUCCUGCUGCAUCAGAUCACCGAUCAUAUGGUGGCACAGGUUUUCAGACUGCAGCAGCCCCACGGAGGAGAGACGUCCAUGAGGAGGGUGUUUGAUGUGGUUUAUCCAAUGGCCCCAGACCAGCGAAGACACGUCAGUAUAAAUUCUGCACGGUGGCUGCCAGAACCGGGGCUUGGGCUUGCUUAUGGAACCAACAAAGGAGAUCUGGUCAUCUGCAGACCUGUUGAUGUACACUCAGAUAGGAACGGCACUUCUGAACACUCUGAGAGAAUGUUCACCAUCAAUAAUGGUGGAGGGGCUGGAACCAGUAGCAGCAGGCCUGGAGACGGGGCAGGGAACAGCAGGACUGAUUGGAGGUCCCACAGAGAGAUGGGUUUGAUGAAUGCGAUUGGUCUGCAGCCACGACAUCCUGCCCCCACUGUUACAUCACAGGGGACGCAGACACAGACUCUGCAGUUACAGAAUGCAGAGACACAAACAGACCGUGACCUACCAGAUGAACCUCAGCAGCCCAGCACUUCUCAGGGGUCACAGGUUACUGAUGCCGCAGACACUCUGGAUUUAGAGAUUCUCCCAGAGGAUUCUGGGUCUGAGGUGGUACCAGAGACACCUCCCCACAGCCGACCUCAGGAAGAUGAAGGAUCAGAUCUCACUGAACCCACCACAGACAGCACAGGGCAGGCUGAGUAUGUUUCUCGUAUCCGAAGGCUAAUGGCGGAGGGAGGGAUGACAGCGGUUGUCCAGCGUGAGCAGAGCACCACAAUGGCUUCCAUGGGUAGCUUUGGCAAUAACAUCAUCGUCAGCCACCGAAUCCACCGUGGCUCUCAGACGGGAGCGGACGCACAAAGCCAUUCUGGUUUGAGCCCCACCCCUGGGCCCUCCUCCGGUGCCCCUGAGACUUCGUACUCUCGUGUCCUCUCCGGCACGCUGGGGCUUCAUACCGACACUGCUCAGGGCACCUCUGCAGACAUAGACCUAGCACCCCUCGUAGAACAGGAAAGACUUCACACGUCCCUCCUUUCUCAGGAGUUUUCACCUGUUUUCUCAUCUGCUCUAGACACAAAUGGACCUUCCGCUUCCAUGGAAACAGACAAUGUCUUGGAGGGGGAGGAGCUUCAAGACUUUGCAUCCCUUCCACCGUCUUUACUCUCAUCCUCACCCUCUCUUUCUCCGGUGAACAACAGUAACUACAGCAACAGUGAUAGUAGUUAUCAUGGAGAUGAAUAUGGGAGGUAAAAUUAGUGGGGUUUAGAGAGGAUUCAUUAUUUGAAACCAACCGAGAAGAGAAAAGACCACAUAACAGAAACUUCCAGAAAUACUUGCACUCGACCCAUGUGUUCCUCUCUCUUCUUGCCAUCAGCGUUCAUAUUUCACAUCCGCUCUGACACGGUCUAGUAUAUUAUGAAAAGACAGAUUUCAGACCAUUCCAUGUUGUACGUUAGUCGGCCUUGCUGUAGGUUCCAGUGGGGGUCUGCCUGUUGUCAAUCAUGAUCAAAGCGUUCAGAGUAGAGCCACGUACAGAAUAAGGUGUGUGAACACCAGAGAGACAGAGCACCGCUUUGCAGUCUUUUGUCUGUAGAGGAACAUUUGUUCAUCUUUCAAAUGAAACAUUUCAGAUUUCAUUGGGUGGUGCGAGUAGAAAUGUCAAAUUUCCUUGGACAGCCCAGUAGUCCAAAAAGUUACAAAACCUUUAUAAACCUUAAUUAUUUUACUGUUGGUUAGUUUAGCGAGUCAUUCCUGUUUUAGACGAUGACUGGUGCAUUUUAGUUCAGUUCAGUUUCGUUUUUUUAAUGAAGUUGACAUGACCACUCUUUAUUUUUUAGGCCUUUGGAGGGAUGGUGAGAAAAAGAAACGAAAGAAGACGUAGUUGUGCAAAAGUUUUAUAUUUUGUACUUUAAAGUUUAAAUCUUUAACAUUAAGGGAUAAAAAAAUAUUGUGUCAUCAUUAACUCGCCCUCAUGUAGUUCCAAACCUCUAUGACUUUCAAAUUCAAAUAUGUAGAGGUUUGGAGUGAAAUGAAAGUCAGUAAAUGAUGGCAUAAUUUUCACCUUUGUGUGAACUAUCCCUUUAAGAUGUGAUGUUUGUUUGCAUCUUCAUCAUCUGUCUUCCGUGUGGCCAAGUCAGCCUCCUUUGCACUCGUUUUUACCUCAGAAGCACCUCAAUUAUCAUACGUUUCCCCGAAUGAAAAACAGUUUCUUAAAAAGGGUCUUCCCUUCCCUGUUUACAGUAAAGUGCUUCUCAACACGAUUUGAUAAACGUCACACUCAGAGCCUCAGCAGGGAAGCAAGCAGUGAAGUCUGACAGGUGUGUGUAUGCAAGAGAGACGCUAUCCCAGUUCUGUCAGCUACUGUAGAUUUUCAAAGCCUAUUGAAAGUUAGUCAGGCACCCGACAACAAUUGUGUUGCAUCCUUUUUUUUUAUUUCUUAUGUAGCACUCUGGUUCCUAUCUGGUCUCUCAGAAAGCAUUUCUGAAGUGUGUGUGUGUGUGUGUUCAGAGAGCUUGUCCGUUGAACCUCAAAGCCUGCCACUGGCUCUGUUGUUACGCCUUUUGAAUUUCAGAAUUUACAGCAACGUUUUGACUUCAGUUCAUCCACAAACCGCCAUCACAAUGUCUAAUCUGCUGAAGUGUACCUUACUUUGAGACGUGACCUUCGGGACUGUCUUCAUGAUGGGUGUUGAAGUGUCAAAACCCUGGCCGGCGGCCUGGUACAAACAGUGCUUCAGUACUGCAUAGGGAACGCAGAUGUUUGGAGGAAUGUUUGUGACUCAAUGUUUAUAUGAGAUUUAUUAUUUUAUUUUUUUUCAGACUUAAUGCAUUAUGUUCUGCAUUAAUAUGGAGAGGCUCUCUCUGCUUCUUUUGGCAAACCACUUUAUCCUGAAAAUGAAUGUCUGGCGGUGUCUCCUGAAUCUAGUCGGAGCACAAGCCGCAGCUUUGGUAAACAGUGUAACCUGCUUUAGCUCAGCUCACUGGCUUCCUACAGUAAAAACAUCAUUUUAGUUCUCUUUCUGCACCUGAAGAAAAACUACAGCAGCAGCUCUUCUGAUGGAUUAUGUACUUAAUAUUAAGAAGUGGCUUUUUUUUGUCCUUUUUAGAAAACCAUGUUAUUUUAAUUUUUUUUUUAAAAGGAAAAAAGGCUAUAAUACAUUGAUCUGCAUUCUGGGAAACACAGUCCUUUAUGUGAUUUAAAUGAAAUAAAAUUGUAACAGACAA